ACAAGCUGACAGAGCGCAUUGCGCAAAUCAGCGGAGUUGUGUGUGCAUGUUACACGGUUAAACAUGUUAAAAAGCUUUUCUGAAAUUUUAGUUUUAUGUUCCAUUCGGUUUACAAAUUGUUUUAUAAGAACUGAUAUAUUAAACUUUUCUCCGUCUUGAUUAAGUGUGAAUAUUAGUAAAAUAAAUAGUGAAUAUUUUGAUUUUUAUUGUUACUAGUGAUAGUUCCAGAAACAACAAUCACCAUGCCUAAAGGAAAGAAAAAGGGGAAGUUCGAGCACAGAAGAACAGAGCUUCCAUACUCUUCAGAUGAAGAUGCAGGAAUUGAUAUGACAAAUGACAACUGUUCCGAAACAUCAGGACAGUCUGAUCUCAGAAGCAAUCAUGAUGAAGCAGAAAACGAGUUGCAAGAGAAAUUCGAAGAAAAGGUUCUAGAAAUUAUUGAUGCGCUGAGCGCCAGAUCGAACGCGGCCCGCGCUUCCGCGCUUGUAGCGCUGCGGAACGCUUUACAGCGGCGGUACUUGGCUGCUUUGCUGAGCGGACAGCGGGCGACGUUAGCUGACCACGUUACUAGAGCGCUGAGGCGCGGCAAAGAUGGAGAAAAGAAGGCAGCUGCAGCUAUUGCACCAGUUCUGGCUUUACAAAUUGGUGAUGAAGGAAUAGAAGAAUUCAUGAGUGAAGUUCGCCCCGCGCUUAUCGCAGCGGCCACAGACAAAACCGCAUCGCUCGAUACACGCACUGAAUGUUGUUCAUCACUUGCCGUACUCUGCUAUUUAAUGGAAGAUGACCUUGCGGAAAUAUUGGAGGUUAUGCGAGUCUUUGAAACCAUCUUCAGUGGCAGUUACCUCAAGGGUGACGGCAGCGUGAAAGUGUCGGGGUCGGUCAUAGAGGAAGGCGGGUGGCACGCGGCGGCCGUAGACGGCUGGGCGCUGCUGCUGGCUCUCAUCUCACCGGACCACGCCCGCUCACUGCUGAAGGACCACGCGCCGUCUUUCGACCGGCUCGCUGAUUUGCUGUCCGCUUGUAGCUUGGAGGUGCGCAUGGCGGCGGGCGGCGCGCUGGCGGUGGCGCACGAGCGCGCGACGGCGGACGGCGAGGAGUGGGCCGGCGGCGCCGAGCUGGCGCCGCGCCUGCACGAGCUGGCGCGCGACUCGCACAAGUUCCGCGCCAAGCGCGACCGCAAGCUGCAGCGGGCCACCUUCCGCGAUAUACUCAAGUACUUUGAGGAGGGCGAGGUGCCGGAGCUGCGCGUGCGCAUCGGCAGCGAGUGCGUGACGUGCGACAGCUGGGCGGCGCGCGGCGCGUACAGCGCGCUGGCGGGCGCGCUCGGCGCCGGCCUGCAGCCGCUCGCGCCGCACUGCGCCGCGCUGCGCGCCGCGCUGCGCCUGCCCGACCCGCUGCCCGACCUGCCCAGGCCGCAGCGCGCCAACAAGCUGCAGCGGCACCUUCAAAACAACGCGGCGUGCAAGGCUCGCACUGUGGCGAGAAAUAAGAACAGAGACAAACGCUCUGCCGCACUUGCUAUAUGAAAACACUAAUUGCUUACAUUUACUUGUCACUUCAAUAAUCACAGUUUUAUUAAUUAGUUUUUUUUUGUUGGUAUUUGGAUUAAAAAUAUGUGGUUAUAUUUUUUUCGAAUAUACUAAAUAAUAAGUUUUGAAUUGUAUU